AUCACGGAUGAAAAGACGCAGAGAGAGAGAGAGUGCGAGAGAGAGAUGGCGGGAGAGGAAGAGAACAGCGAGUUUUACCUGAGGUACUACGUGGGUCACAAGGGAAAGUUCGGGCACGAGUUCUUGGAGUUCGAGUUCCGACCCGACGGCAAGCUCCGAUAUGCUAACAACUCCAACUACAAGAACGACACCAUCAUUCGCAAGGAGGUCUACGUCACCCCCGCCGUCGUCCGUGAGUGCCGUCGCAUUAUCUCCGAGAGCGAGAUCAUGAAGGAAGAUGACAACAACUGGCCAGAACCUGACAGAGUUGGUCGUCAAGAGCUUGAGAUUGUGAUGGGAAAUGAGCACAUUUCCUUCACCACUUCAAAGAUUGGAUCCCUUGUUGAUGUGCAGAGCAGUAAUGAUCCAGAAGGGCUUCGCAUCUUCUAUUAUCUUGUUCAGGAUCUGAAGUGCUUUGUUUUUUCUCUAAUCUCUCUCCACUUCAAGAUUAAGCCUAUAUAAGAAGAUGGGUUCCAUGACUGGGUGUGGACUUUGCUGCUGCAUUCUGUAACUUGAAACUUUGUUGAAUGUAGUAGGCGAUUGGAUUGGGGUCGGGUUGGGUUUGGGUAGUUCUUUGUGAUCUUUUCGUUAUCCUCAUUUGUGUGGUUCAGUGGUUACUUGGACACGAAUGGCAAAAGCUGAGUUUUUAGAAAAUGGAAACAAUUCUAGUAACGGAUCUCAAUUUUGUUAGGGUGCUUCUUUUUACCCAACUCGAAUUUCUCUUCGCAUUCCAAUUUCAUAUAAAAUUACUAAAAGCCCCUUUUGGUA